CAGUUACCUCUAUAUUAGGCAAGACUACUGUGGUUGGCCAUUUCCUGACAUCUUCCAUAGCAGAGCCUGACAUACUUUCUUCAGUGUUUUACUUCAUAUUUUGACUCAAAAAUGCUUCUACUGACGACAUUGGUUUUCUGGCUUGCUGGCAUAUGUGAUGGUGUGCAGAGACUGACCUGUCCUUAUGAUCUAAAGGACGGGGACCUCCCCAGGGUGUGGUGUAAGGAGACGUCCCCACAGUGCUGUUCAGGCUUCAGCUUCAGCAGGGAGAGCCAGUCUUUGGAUGCAGGAAGGCUGAAGGUGACUCAGGGUGUUGACUCCUUCAUUGUGGAUGUCCUGGGCCUGGCCCAGGGAGAGGGAAUGUAUUGGUGCGGUGUGCUGAGCAGCAAUAAAACCAUCAUCAAACUGGCUGAGGAGUACUUCUACAGCAGUUCCUACGUUUGGGACAUUCUUCGCUGGAUUCUGAUGCCUCUGCUCCCCAUGGCGAUCAUCUUUUCUUACUGUUACUUAAAAAGAAAAGAACAAAACAAGAAGGAGAUGGGAGUAUACAUGAACAUCACUAUGAUCUCAGAUCUGGCACAAAAUAAUCCACAUACUGAAGAAGAGAACUGAGCUGGAAUGAUGGCCAUUGCCAAAGGACACACCAAAUGCUAAAGGGGCUUUCAAUUCUAUGCUACAAAACGAGACAGCCAUUACAGCUUACCAAUAGUUUGUCGUAGCUUUCACGAUUUUCAUAAUGGAAAAAAAAGGUAUAUGCCAUCUGUGAAGAAAUACGUUUGCAUUUAUUAGGACGAGCCAAACACAGGUUCACAUCCAGUGAAAAUAUGGAAACAUUUCAUGGGAUGAAAAUAAAUAUCAAUCGACCUUUCUAUACAUUAUUUUCUUAUUGUACAACAUAAGCCUCAUGCGCCAAUUGGAAAUUUGCUCUUAGCAUUAUUUUUGCCUCAUGAACCACCCAUUGAAUGACAACAAUUGACAGACAAUGCAGCAGUACUUUAGAUUAAUGCAUAGUUUCAUAUUUUGAAAGAUACAUUUUGACAUUUUAAACCAACGAAUGUAAUCUAACGUGACAAGUAUAUAAUACAUCUAAAAGUCUGUUGUCCCGUCAGUUAAUAAACAUACCUUGUAACAUUGUCGAAAUAAAAGCUUCAUGUACUGUAUAUCAUUCCCGAAA